AUGAAUUCAGCAGCGCUGUUUUCCACUCUCUUGGCUGAUAUAAAUGUUGUGAUUGACAACAUAUUUAACCCUCCUGCUCCUGCUCCUGCUCCUGCUCCUGCUCCGGUCCCUGCUGGGCUGGACCUCAACACCCACCCUCAACAAGCAGAGACACAUGCCCAGGCUAUCUUUGGGCCAGUGAUGAAUCUCCCUGUAGGCCUGAACCUCCGUGUUGUUGGAAUUCUGAAUGGAGAGCCAGUGUACGAGGUCGUAGAAAAGGAUCUCGCUCCUCCUCUCCCGGUUGCUCCUAUAAUGAAAAGCUACAAACCAAGAAAGAGAAAGCUUGUAAAUCAGCAGGAGGGUGACCGGCCCUACAUAAAGAAGCCUCCAAACGCCUUCAUGCUCUUCAUGGAGGAGCAGAGACCAUAUGUUGUGACUGGACCAAGCUUUGAAUGCAGAGGGAAUGCAGCUGUAAAUAAAAUCCUGGGACAGAGGUGGACGUCAAUGACGCAUGAGGAGCAGGACGAUUAUUACAACCAGGCUGGUGUGCUAAGACGGCUCCACGCCCAGCAACACCCUGAAUGGUCCGCCAGAGAAAACUAUGGCAAAAAGAGGGCGAGGGAGAGGAGAAAGGCAUCCACAGGAGUUGAAGCGUCUGCAUCUGCACCUGAAGAUGUCACUCAACAGGCCAAGAGGCUGUGUGUGACACCAGUGCAGACAGCAGUGAUGCAGCCAUUCACCUCCCAGGCAGCAGUGAUGCAGCCAUCCACCUCACAGGCAGCAGUGAUGCAGUCCUCCCUUCCACCUCACAGGCAGCAGUGA